GAGGAAUCGGAGGACGCUUUCUUACCAACCUGGCAACUUUGAGUAUGCGCUGGAUACGGCAGACAGUAUGGCGGACAACGAAAGUGAUUUGGAAACAGACGGGCUUGAAUUAGCUCUGGACACGUUGUGUGCUAAACACUGCAGCGGCGAAUCGUCACUGAAGAGCAAAGAGUAUUGCUCUGAGUUUUGUGAGCUUGUUGAGGAGUACACAGGGCAAUGGCAAGUUCCUCUCCCGCAACUGAAGGUGCUGCGGACCGCACUCUACAAUUUUACCAAAGCCACCACUGCCUUUACAGAUGACUGUCAGCACAUCCAGUAUGUUCUCAGCAGUUUGGCCUUGAGCUUCUUUGAACUCAUGCUGUUUUUCAGCAAGGAAGAAUUUGUGGAAGAGCCUUUAAAAGACAUCCUUGACUCUUUUCAGAUUUGCCACACUCGCCUCAUGAGGCACAGGAACAUCUACCUUCAGCAUGUAAAGCAGAUUAUUAAAGUAGGAGGCCCAUGGGAAAAUCCUGUGUUACAGGGAAUCCUGAAGGAGGAUGAUUUGCCACCAAACGACGUUGAGGACUACGUGAGCUCAGAAUUGCCAGUGUUCUUGGAGCUGCGAGUGCGAUAUCUGCAGGCCUGUGAACGAAUGCAGGAGGCAAUGGCUCUUGCUAAAAGCUGCCUGGAAAAUCGUGAGGCUGGAAAGCAUCUAUACUUCCAUCAGGCCUACUUGACCUGCCUCUACAAAGCCUCGCUGCAUGAAAACCUUUACAAGGAGAUGGCAGAGAUAGAUGGUCGUGAUGCAGUGGAGAUAAUCUGCAAUACAGAGAGUGUUGAAAAAGAUGAGCUGUUGUUAUCACUGUGUAAAGCUUUUCUUACACAGCAGCUACACAAUGGAGACAUGUAUUACAUCUGGGACCUGGUGUUUAUCUGGAGCAGACUGUAUCUUAGGGCCCAUCCCUCCAGACAAGGCUUCUUAGCUGAGUGCUUGCAGCUGGCCUCCUCUGCUACCAAUGUCAGAGCCAUCUUCCCCUUCAUAAAAUUGGUCACUACAGAGCUGGGUGGUGAUGGAAUUCAAGUUUGCGUGGAGCUUUGCGCCAGGGCCCUGCAGCUGUGUGACAUGCAGGCUGACACUGUAACCCGGUCACUCGUUUGCAAGACAAUUGCCUUCCUGCUGCCCCAUGACCUGGAGGUCUGUCGAGCGUGUGCCCUUCUUGUGUUUUGCCAGGAACGAAGCUUGGAGGCAUACCGAACUGUCUCCCUGCUUUACAUGCAUCCUGAUCAGGAGCCGCAUCCCCACAGCAACCCUGUCCGGACCUGUGUUCGCUUUCAUAUUCUUCAGAUGCUAAAGGAGCGCCUAUGUUUUGACCCUGAAUUUUGGAACUUCCUGACCCUUAGGACACAUUGUUUAGAGUUAAUGAAUGAUAAGGUUGUGACUGCUGCUGUUCUCGACGAGAUGGAAGAGGAGAAGGCAUAUAGUGAAGAACUACUAAAAAGUAACUGUGUAAAUGAGUCAUGCACUCAAGACUCCAUCUCUUGCAACUGCACUGAAGCUGGAUUUGUGAACCUUCCAGAAGAGCAAACUGUAGAUGGAGAGGCUGGAAAACGUGUUGCACUGUCGGAUAAUGAUUCUCUGAAGAGGAGGAAAUGGAGAAAAAGGCUACGACGGAGAAAACGGCCUCGGUCUGAUGAUGAGUUUGAAAUAGGUGAUGAUCCAGAGAUCAAAUACAAUGUCAAAUCAACCUCUUUAGGUAAUAACUCUGUGUACUCACUAAGGCGCAAUCACACUAACAAGGAAAAUUCUUCUGUAAGUCUCCCUCUGAACCGCAAUAGGGAAUACUUGUCUAGAUGUGUUAAGAGCAAAAUUUUGAAAAGAAAAGGUCAAAAGAAAAGAUGGUUGCAAGGUCUUCCAAGACUGGAGCUGGUACAGGCAGUGACAGAGAAAAAGGUCAAAGUUAGAGGGAGAAAACGGGGAAGGAAGCCAUUAUCAAAACUGGAACUCUCAUAUCCCGAUAAUGAAAUAUACCUUAACAAGGAGGAGUAUGGAUUUGAGAAAAAAAUGGACACAGAAGACAAAGAGCAGAAUAUGCCUCAACUGAACUGUGAGCUUGAAAUGAGUGACCAGAAAGAGAACCAACUUGGGCACUUGAACAGAGAAAAUGGAGAACAUAAUGAUUUGUUUUAUGAAAUUAAGAAUGAUAGGCAGAUGAAAGACCUGAAAGACAAUGAAUUUGAGCAGAUGACAGACUUUAAGGAGAAUGGAGAACAUCCUGAUUUGGCCUUUGAAAUCAAAAGCGAACAGAGAGCAUAUCAACUCGAGAAGAUGAUGGGCCCUAAGAAAGAAAAUGGAGAACAUAAUGGCCUUGAUUGUCAUAACACUUUAAGUGAACCAUCCCAAGAGGAAUCUCAAACACAGGUGGAAUCCAAACUUUGUGAAGGUCCACCCAUUGAGAAUCAAGCUGCUAUCGGUAUUGCUGAAGCUGAUCCUGUGGACCUUGAUGGUCCACUAUUGGAGUUAUUGGAUUGUCCAGUAGAACUCUUUCACAGUUACUCCUUUAAAUCCAAAUCACCUGACAGUGAAAAUCCUCAACCGCCCGAAUCUACAGCAUCUGAGGACCUUAAUGGCAGCAAUGAAGAGGAACCCCAUCCGUCAGUUGAAACAGAAACAACAAACAUUGAGGUAAAAGUUAAGAGAACAUGGAAGGACAGGGCUCUCCGUACUCAACAAUAUUCUCAUUUGUCCCACUACUGCACAUUCUGUGGCAAAGACUACAAAGGCUUGAAUGUUAUGAGACAUGCUCUCUCGCACCUCAAAAGUAGGAAACUAAAAUGCAUUCUCUGCGGAAAACGCUUCAAACAGCUUCCUUUUGCCAAAAAGCACAUUCUUGAGCACAUUGAUACAAUGUGCAAACAAAAAUCUUCUAAUAAGGAGCCAUCCAUUGAAAAUGCUCAAGCUGCUAAUGGAGUAAUAGACAAUGCAGGAAAUAAGUGUAAGCCUUGGGAUAAAAAACAGACUAUUUCUGAGGGCGAAACUUUUGGACAGAGACCCGGAAGCAAAGCUAAAGUGUCACAUCUCAAGAGGGAAGAACGAAUCAUCAGGAACCUCCGUACCCUCAUCAAGAAGACAUCUGUGCUUCACAAAAAAUGCAAAAAACCUAACACAAAUAUAUUCAAACAGAUCGACUUUAAGGAUGAGCAGGUAAUCAUUAAAGAAGGCCUGGUAAUUGUAAGUAAUCCAUCUGUGAUUGAAGAAGAGGGGCAGGAGACGCCUGCGGGAGAAAAUGCUUGUGGUGCAGACAUCACAUACCACUUGUGCCCGUCUGACUCCUGCGAUAGAGUAUUCUUGAGGAUGACCAACACACUAACAAAGCAUGCUAUCAAAUGCCAUAUUACUGAAGACAAGGUGCUAGAGAAGACUUUUGUUUGGGCCAAACACAAGUGCACCCUCUGCCUCAGGCAGAUUCAGUUUCUUCAGCAUUAUAAGGACCACAUGAAGAGCCACAGUAGUCCUCUUCCACACUUCUGCUACCAUCUAGAGUGUAAGCAGCGCUUUGUGACACAGCAGGAAUUAAAGGAUCACGUAAAUACCCACCAGCCCUUCCGACCUCAGUGUCCUUUCAGUGGCUGUGAGAAACUUUUCUCAAGUUAUCUGGGUCUAUAUGACCAUGAAUGGAGGCACUAUGUCCCAGUCCCGCAGAAAGACGAGCUAGAAUUGGGACCCAGCAAACUGAUAAAGGAAAGCGCUGAAGCUCCAUGGAAACAGAGAGUGAAGGUCGAGGAGAUAUGGCUACAGAGUAAAAAGGGGCAGCAGGAGAGUCCCAUUCCUGAUGGUGAGGCCUCUCGUGUUGAGGAUCUCACACUAAUAAACAAAACUGAUGGUGAGACUGGUGGAAUAAAUGCGCAAAACAAUAAUCUUCUUAAGUCUGAUAACUAUUCAGAGAAAACUGUUGCAGAUCAGCACACAGAUGAUACCAAACCUACCAUCAAUGGAUAUGAAGAUGUGAAAAGAAAUGUUUCAGAGGGGUUCAUGUCCACUUCUCACACUAACGCUGCUUCAGCGACUCCCACCAAAAGAUGUCGAAAAAGACCAACUACUGUCGAGGUAGACCCUUUAAACGUCAGAGAUCUUGAAGAUAUUUCUACUUUGGCCGAGGGAGUCCAACAGAAUAUAGCAGAGCCACACAUUCCUGAGCACAAAACCUUCAAGCCCGAAGAUCCCUCCUACGCAACUUUUGUUAAGGCCCCUUUCAUCCGGCCACCUCCAUCCACCUACCUGGAUGAAUCUGUGCUUUCAAUGCGCAAAAGGAGGUCCACUGAUGAUGCUCCCAAGAAAAUCAUUUAUUGGAGUCAUAAGAAAAAGAAGGACCCUGAUCCAGAAAAGGAGCAGCAGGUGGAGGAUGUGGCCCCCGAGCAUAAGAUCAGACAUCGCUGUGAUAAAUGCCUUUCCUCUUACAGCAGUCUGGAGGAGUUGCAGAAACACAAAGCCCUCAACACGUGCUCUUCCCUCUUUGGCUUUGAUUCAGAUGAUGAAAGUUAAUAUUUGCAGGAGUGUGAAGAGUUGCUGCAAUUGGAAUGGCUAUUUCUGUUACUUGGCUCAGGAAGGUCCUUCAUGACAACUAAACACUAAAAUCCUUUCUUAAUGAUCAGUCAUAGUGCUUAAGGCAAAGGAGAUGUAAACCAGAAAAUACCUAGUACCUAAAGUACCUAAAAACCAAAUUUGGGUUGAAACUACACACAAUAUUUAUUCACCCUUUUUUUUUUUUUUUUUUUUUAAAGCUAAUUUGACCUGCUGACUUUGUCAAGUCCAUGUAAAUUUGGGAAAUACACUAAUUGUCAGGUAACGGGAAUCUGAAUAAUGGACCCAUUCCCUCUGCUGUGGUGUUCACGAGUCUUUGGAGACUGGAUAAGAGAAUGAAUUCUACACACAGUUCAUCAUUGGAGGUGUGAAUUGCAGUGUGCAAACAACAUGUAUGUUCUGUGGUCUUCCAAAUGAGGCAUAGACCACUUAGUUUGUAUCGUAGAGCACUUGAGAACUUACUAGACAUGACUGUAAAGGUGGAUAUCAGAUGGCUGCAUCAUCGUAACUUUUGUACACUGUAAAAUCUAUUUUCUAAAUAAGUCCUUAAAACCCCUGUCACAAAUGCACAUUUUAAACUAAGAAAAUCAUGUGGGUAGCAGUUGGGUGGGACUGGGGUUGCCUUUAUUAAAUUUCUCUAGUUGCGAUACAAUUAUGUAUUAGGGCCGUGGCCAAAACAUUUGAAACAAUGUAAAUCUGCCUUCAUUUUGUCAAACUUUCUGUACAGCGUAUGCAUUACUCACAAUUCUGUUAGUGCCAAGACUGAAUCAGUGUUCACACUGUAGGAUGAUAAAAACCAUGUAACUAAUACAGUACCAGCUUGCUUUAAAGUUUUUAUUCUUUUAAGUUGGUUUAAACAAUGAUUGUGCAUUUCUUUAUGUAGAGUAUUUCACAUUUAUCAUAUAUGAACCUUUCAGGUGGUUGAUCUGUUUAAUACCUUUUUGAUGUAAUGUUUAUAUAAGACGAUGCACUUAAACCUGCUUAUUUAUAUGUACAAAUGUCAAUAGAUUGGAUUUGUAAAGGUAUUGAUUCCCCAUCUAUUUUUCUUAAAGAAAAAAAGUGAUGAAAUUUGUUUGAAUAAACAAACUAAACCUCU